CCAUAUAUAUAUACACACAUCUAUUGAUACAAAUUAAGGAUUUCAUAUAUAUAUAUUAAAGAUGAUCCAAGAAAAUAUUGUGAUAUUAUUAUCCUUAUUAUUAAUUGUGCCAAUAAGUUGGGCAAUUAAUAAUCCAUUAAUAGAACUUUCAAGUAGAGAAGAAUUGGCUAAGAUAGCUGGUUAUGGUGAAGAAAAACUCUCUACUGUUUUCCUACAUGGUACUCUUCUUUGUGGUCACACACCACAUCCAGUUCCAGGUGCAUCUGUGGCGGUGUAUUGUGGAACUAGUGGGCCGGGUCGGGUAAGGAAAUCAUCAUGGGCCAAAAAUGUAACAAAUGAAAGUGGAGAUUUUAUAAUAGAUGUCCCUUCUCAUCUCCAUGCUAAUAUUCAUGAUCCAAAUCUAUGUCACAUUCAAAUUCUUCACCUCCCAAAGGACUACUCACUUUGUCAUCAUCAUUCUACAAAAAGGAAAACAUUCACACUGACAUCGUCCAAUAUUGGCGUUCGCGUUUACACAACUCCAACAAUUUACCUGACCCCUAAAGCUAGCUCCCGAGUAUAAUCCACGAUAAGAGAAGAAGAGAAGAGAUGGCACAAUUUCUUGAGAUGGCGCUUUAGUCACACACAUUGAGUUGUGCACUCGUGAUGUUAAAUUUUUAUGUACAAUUUUGUGUAGCUUCUAAUCAAGUGUGUUGUACGUAAAAAGAGUGAUAUUAUGUUUAUGUUACGUGAGAAAAUCCAUUUUCAUUAUUACAUUAACAUGUAUUAAAAAAAAAGUGAUUAGUAAACGUUAUUUUACGAUAAAACUAAAGUAAUUUUUGCUU